UUGACGAGCCAGCGCAAAAAUAGGGAGAAUGAACGUUUGACAGCUGGCUCUUUUUGCGCGCACAGAUUGUUUCGAAACAAAAGAAUACCUAUGCUUAAUUUAUUUGUGAGAGAUUUCGGAUAGUUAGACAGUACCUCUUGCUUUUAUGGCCGCUGCCGUGAGGAAUAAUGUUUGGGUUGCUCCGGGGCAGGACGCGCAGAUUCUCCAUAAAACCGCCACCGCGCCGCUGACAGCCGACGGUCGGAGAGGUGAAGAUCAUGGACAAGUGCUCUGUAUCGCGAAGGAUGCCAUCCCGGGAACUUCCUCUUUUCAUGAUCAUAAUUUGGGUAAAUCAGACAUGGACAGCUACCUGUCUAUGCACCCGCAGGACGUAGUAAACUCCAAAAUGUUGUGCAGGGACAGCGCUCUGAUGCUAGAGCCGCCUUUCACCGAAGACUUCGCCUCUCCUUACAGCGUCAACAUGAGCCUGCUCCUUCCUGACGUCACAUACCUGCACCCCGGUCUCUGCAGGACUAUGAGACAGAUCAAAACAGAGCCGUCACACUCUCUGAUGCACCCCACCUGUCAGGGCAACGGAGCGCCACCAGCACUCCCAGAAUACCCAGGUGUUUUCGGUGCAUCCGAUACUGCCAGUGGUGGCUUUUUCAUCAAGCAGGAAGUGCCAGAUUUCCAGGAUGUUCCCCUGUUCCAGCUUUUGAACUCUGACUUGGAGCAGCUUGUUCAUGGUUCGCAGCUGAACUCCAUCCCCAUGGCCCCGUUAAGUCUUCCUAUGGGGAACGUCCACGUAGGCCCAGCGCAGAAUUCUGCCAAACCCACAAGCAGCCCUCAGAAUGAAUGUUUCCGACACUUCGGCCACCAGCAGAGACCAACCUAUUUGCCACCUUCUCCGCCGAACUCUGAGCCCUCAAGUCCAGACAGGGGGAAGGAGCUCCUCCAAAAUCUAUCCCCACCUCCCUCCUAUGAAGCCAGCAUCGCCUCCAAGUUAACUUUUCAGACCCACAAUCCCAUUGAUCCAGGGCAGACUUCUAGUGUAGCUCCAAUCCAAAACCCAGACCAGCAUUCCAAUGUCAGAUUAGUCCAAAGCCCAGGUCCUGUGCCAGUCCAGCGUCCGACCCUGACACCAGUUCAGACAACGCCAGGUGUCGGCCCGAUGUCCCCAGUGUUGGGCCAGUCGGCUCUAUUUAAGAACAACAGAAGGAAUAAUCCUGAUCUGGAGAGACGGCGGAUCCACCACUGUGAUGUCCCAGGGUGCAAGAAAGUGUACACCAAGUCUUCUCAUUUAAAAGCCCAUCUACGGACACACACAGGAGAGAAGCCGUACCAGUGCUCCUGGGAGGGAUGUGAGUGGCGUUUCGCCCGUUCUGAUGAGCUGACUCGCCAUUUUAGGAAACACACCGGGGCGAAGCCUUUCCAGUGCAGUGUGUGUAACCGCUGUUUCUCCCGCUCCGAUCACCUGGCCCUGCACAUGAAGAGACACCAGAGCUAGAAGCCCUCUUCUUGCAAAUAAGUCAAUUUUUUUUUCUUUUUCUCUCCAGUAAACAUGGACUUUAAAUAUGGAACAACCAAACAAACAAAUUAAAAACUAUGGGCUAUUCCACUCACUCCCCAGUGGAGAUGUUCUUAGCAGUGCUGGCCCACAAGUAUGUGUUUCUUUUAUUGUAAAAAGAUAAAAUAUUACCGUUGCCUUAUUUUAUUUCCACAUGUAUGUCCCAGUAUUGGGGGACAGUUACAAAGGUGUAAUUAGCCAAAUAAUGAAAUAAAAUUUAAACCUUUUUUAGCCUUUAUUUUCACGGUCAUAUUUCCAGAUUUUGUUUUACUGCAAAGUACCUAAAAAAAGGUCAAAUAUCAAUAUUUAACUUUCAAGUUCUUCUUUGUACAGAUCACAUGAUGUCAUUUAUGGCCAUUUAUUUAAUUAACCUAAAUGACAAACUGCCAUACUGUAAGUGCAGAUAUAGUGUUGCUAUGAACUGGAAGGUCAAAGGAUGUGUUGUUUUAGCCAGCAGGACAAAGUGUGUUUAUGCGUAAUAUAGACAGUAACAGGAGUUAGUUGAAGUUAAAGUACGUGAACAAGUUGUGGAUUUACUAAAAGAUGCAGUAGGAGGAAUAAAUAUUGGGAUGAGCACUGUUUGCAAGCCACGUGGUGAGUGCGGUGCUUACAGCAUGACUUUUACACUGCCAGAUUUAUAGGUUACUUCAGUUACAACAAAAUCUAUAUUUACUCAUAACCCUGAAAUAAAAGGAAGAUAAUGGGGAUUAAUUAUAGUCAUUUAGACAGCGCUAUGAAUGUUCUAUAUUUAUGCCCCUGUAUUGUAACAUAGAUGUUAAAUGUCUUUCAGGCAGGUGCAAAGAUAAAUCAAAACGGUGCAUUUUCGAUUUCAGGCCUUCUAUGAAUACCACAUGAUUUUAUUUCAUUUUAAAACGUUUAACUUAUUUUGAUUUGUCCCAUGUUAACUUCAGCAAUAUCUCAUUUGACACGUACGAUGGCAUAAGAGAAGCGCUCAAACAAAAAUUUCGAGAAGCUUUGAGCACAUGACAUUUCAGCAGCAGGUCAGGGUUAUUUUUCUUUCUCCUGGAAGUUGUUGUGAUGGACGAAUGGAGACUCGUUCAUCCUGACUUUUGAACGGUAUCUUAUAACAGGAUUACAUUAUCAUAUUACUGAUGAUUUGUCUUUAUAAGUGGUUUCAAAGUGAUGUAUGUGAGCUUGAGAUUUUUUUUCUAGAUUUAGACUGAGCACCUGCCAGUCUGAACAUCUGUGUAAGCUUUUGGUUUCUUUGACUACUAUCCACGAAUUCAAACACCUUUUGAAAGUGCCUUUAGCUGCUUUGUUUGGAUAAAGCUGCUCCAUUGGGACGAUGUUCUUUUAUCAGGUACUCUACUCUGCUAAAAUGAUUCUACCGCCUCCUCUCUCUCUCUAUUUAUGACCAAGUUUCUUUAUAAUUUGAGUCAGGUUAAACAAAAUUGAUUUUUAAAGUCUCUUUAAUUUGUUAUUGUGUAUAUAUUUUGUAUCUACUGUUUAAGGAUACAAUCCAUUGAUUGUUUUCAGGUGUAUAAAGAUUUUAAACUUUUUUUUAAAUUGCAGAGACUGUUUAUUUUUAUUUGUAAUUUUCUUUUUUGCAAAGUCUAAGAAGGAUCAAAUUAUAGAAUACUGUUACAGUGUACACUGUCAUCACAGGCAAGAUAGCAGCUCAGUAGAGUAUGUGCCAGUGAAUUGUUGCAAUACUUUUAAAAUAUAUAUAUACACACAAAUAUUUUGACAUUUGUCAUAGCUUAAUAACAUGAAGACGUAGUCUAAAUUGAUCAAAUUUGUGAACCUCACAGUGCAAAUAAAGGUUUUGUGUUGAA